CUACAUUCGACAGCGUGGCAGGGUUUCACUUCAGAGUAGCACAAUUUAGGUGGACUAUGCUUAGUGAUCGAUUGGAAUGUACACACACACACACGCACAUACUGUAUAUAUAUAUAUUAUAUAAUUGAUAACUACUUGCCAGUGGUGGUGUCUUGUGUAAGCAUCAUAGCAGUCCCCAAACUUUGUGCUUAAUUUUGCGCUCUGCAGGCAUUCAUAGGUUGGCUCAGCACAGUCAAAGACUGAAGCAUAGCUGGCCGGCCAUGAAUUCCGUUUCCGAUGCACGCACAGGGCGCCAAGACACCGCGGACGAGGCAGCGGGUAUGGACGCUAGCAGGACCAAGACUUUCAAGGUCGAUGGACACCACAUCAAUGCAGAAAGGCAACCUCCCGAAGUGGCUAUUCCUUUCAUGCCGCCAGAGGAGGUGAUUUUCAACAUGAUGUUUUUCAGGCACCUUUUUGAUCAUAUGGCCAAAGCUUCGGGAUCUGGAUCGCAGGUUUCUUUGGUGGCUCUACGAAACAUGUCCUACACCAUCAUGGAGAUCAUGCAAGUGGGAGAUCCACAGACAGAGAACUUCUUCGGGAACGUUACCAAAAAGAAGUGCAAAUGGAAGGACAUGUGCAAGUCAUUGAUGUAUGAAGGGCAUCCGAAGAUUCAUUUGACCACGGUGGAGCGCAUUUUCAUUACACUAGACCAUGAUGAUAGCAGCAAGAUGGCCAAGGUGUGGUUCCAUUUCAUCAUGGUCGUGACGAUCGCGAACGUGACAGUCUUCAUUUUUCCUCAACUUCUAGUGGACCUGCUCACAACGGUAGGUAGUGAUGCAGCGCUAUACACCAUGUAUUUUAAAAAUAUUUGCAUGACUG